CCAAGACAGGGGUGGACUUCCUCUGCACCUACCGCCAGGCCCCCAGUGACCCAAGUCUGCCUGCCAAGCAGGUGUUCCAUGAGCUGAGCUGGCAGACCCAUGGCAUCACCCGGCUGGGCCCCUACUCUCUGGAUAAGGACAGCCUCUACCUCAAUGGCUAUAACGAACGUGGUCCAGAUGAGUCUCCUACAAAUCCUGAGCUGGCCACCACAUUCCUGCCUGCUUUAUCAUCUCCUGUGCAACCAGAAGCAACCACAGCUCUACUGUACAGCCUGGAAAACCUCACACUUAACUUUACCAUCUCCAAUCUCCAGUAUUCAACAGACAUGAGCAAUGGCUCACCCAUGUUCAACCACACUGAGAAGGUCCUGCAGCUCCUGGUGAGACCCAGGUCCCAGCAGCUCCUGGGGGUAUAAAUACCACCCAAUCCCUCACUCAACCUUCCUGCUCAUCUUCUUCCUCCUUCCUCUCCAGCUUAGAUCCUUAUUUAAGAAGAGCAUUCUGGCCCCCUACUACUUGGGUUGCAAAUUGAUUUCCCUCAGGCCUGAGAAGAAUGGAGCAGCUACCAGUGUGGAUGUUGUCUGCACCUACCACUCUGACCCCUUGGAUCAUGGGCUAGACAGAGACCAACUUUACUGGGAGCUGAGCCAGCUGACUCAUAGUGUUACCCAAAUGGGCCCCUACACCCUGGUCAAGGACAGCCUCCUUGUCAAUGGCUAUGCCCCGCAGAGUUUGUCUAUCCAGAGCAAGCACCAGCUAAAUUUCCGCAUCAUCAACUGGAACCUCAGCAACCCAGACCCCACGUCCUCAGAGUACACUGCCCUGCUGAGGGACAUCCAGAACAAGGUCACCAAACUCUACAGGGGAAGCCAGCUAGGAGAUGUAUUCCUCGCCUGCCUGGUUACUGACUUGAAGUUGGACCCCAUAUUGGUCACCAUCCAGGAAUUGUUUUCCUCCAGUAUGGACCCAAACAUGGUGAAGCAAGUCUUUCUAGACAAGACCCUGAAUGCUUCAUCCCACUGGCUGGGUUCUACCUACCACUUGGUGGAUAUUCAUGUAACAGAAGUGGAGCCAUUAGUUCAUCUGCUGACAGACAAGCCAACAAGCAGUCCCAGUCCCCAGCAUUUCCAGCUGAAUUUCACUGUCACCAACCUACUCUAUUUCCAGGACAUAGCCCAGCCAGGCACCACCAAACAUCAACGGAACAAGAGAAAUAUAGAGGAUGUGCUCAACCAGCUCUUUCGAAACAGCAGCAUCAAGAGUUAUUUUUCAGACUGUCAAGUUUUAGUAUUCAGGUCUGUCCCCCCCAGCAACCACACUGGGGUAGACUCCCAGUGCAACUUCUCACCAUUGGCACAGAAAAUGGAUAGAGUUGCCAUCUAUGAAGAAUUCCUGCGGCUGACCCAGAAUGGCACCCAGCUGCAGAACUUUACCCUGGACAGGAGCAGUGUCCUAGUGGAUGGGUAUUCUCCAAACAGACCUAAUGCCUUGACUAAGAAUUCUGAUUUCCCCUUCUGGGGCAUCAUCCUCAUCUGCUUGGCGGGAUUCCUGGUUCUCAUCACAUGCCUGAUUUGCUGUUUUCUGGUCACCAUGUGCCUACGGAAGAAGGAGGAAGACUAUGAGAUUCAGUUAUGA